AUGGCGCUCUCGUGCCCCCAGCAGAGCGCCAUUCCAAUCAGCCGUUCGGAGAGCUUCGGCCUCUGCGACCGCAUGCCACCGCCAAUCGACAUGAGCUGGCGCGCCCCUGACCCGGACAUACCACUCGCGGUCCACUCCCUCUCCCCGCGCGCUAGGCAUUGGGCCAUUUUCUGGGACGUCCCCUACCAAGACCGGAACAUCCGCGCGAACCGCAUCCUCCACGUCGUCGCCGACCGCGGGAAGAAGCUAUACGUCAACUGGGGGCCGCUGACCAAAUUCGUGAGCGACGACGACCGGAGGAGCUCGAGAGAGCUUGUCCUCGGCGUCGUGGACCUGACGCGGCGGCGGCAGUUGGAGGUCGUCGCGACGCAUACUCCGGUUUGUUCCGGCGACCAGGAGUGGAACGGACAAGACUGGGUCAAGGCUGUCUUGCGAGAGGCGGUUCUCCUUGGCCUGCUCUCGAAGGAUAGCGUUGCGAGCGUCCUUGUCGCUGCCCAAGCUUUCUGA